AUGGAAAAUGAAGACUCCCUGGAUGGCAGCACGAGCAGUGAAGAGGACCCCCGUGAAGAGAAAGCAAAGUAUAACUCAACCUCCCCAGGAUGUUGCUACACUUUUUCAAGCGAAGUGCUCAAGUUGAGUGUCAUUUCCUACUACUUUUGGACGUCCUUUUGUUACAUAGUUGGAUCGAUCACAUUUAUAUGUGGCUACACAACUUCCUCCUUAAGAAUACAUGACCAAAUAGUCUGUGCAGCGUCGUCCAACGUGUAUGUCUUUUCAUCCUUGUGGUUACUUAUUGGGAUAAUUUCUGUAGCCACUUGUAUAUGUUACGCCAUGGCUCUGGAUGGAGAAGGGAACCAAAUACAGGCGGCAAAAAACUCCCCUUUAUUUUUGAACCUACUUGGGAUCCUGUGCAAAACCGUCCCCACCAUUGUUCGCGUCGUCCACAUUUUCAAUUUAUUUCAAUUAUACGUAAUGACCAUCGAUGUGAUGAUUUUGCCGGAGUGCAAUUCUUUCGUCGUGAGAUUUGUUUUGUUCCUUGUUCAUAUUUUGUGGUGGACUAUUGUAUUUUUGGGGAUCGUCUCUAGGAGGAGGAUAUUCCUUCCUCCUCAUUUGUACAAACCGAUAACCAACGACGUGGGGUACUUUGUCCAUGUCAAUAACAUGUUGCACUCUUUUGGCCUAUAA